AUGGAUCCUGAGCGCAAACCACUUACUAGAUGGGGAUCUAGAGAGCUUGCCAAGCUGAAAGAAAUAUUUCAUCGGUUGGAAAAUGGUAAAAUGAAGGGAGCCCAUCAUGGAUUCUGGCAGGAGGUCGCCGAUGAAUUGAACGCGUGCGGAUACGAUCGCCAGGCAGGUGCUAUUUACGCCAAAUGGAACCGUAUCAACAAGAGUGCUCCAUCAAAACAGGCAAAGAAAACCCCACAUACCAUAUGGGACAUCAGUGAUAGUGACGGCCUCCAAAAAGAAGAUGAGGAAGAUGACGAGGAUGUUGAAGAGGAUGUUGCGGAAGGUGAUGGUUUGCCUCUAGAAGAUCUCAAGGAUGAUGAUUCCAUACCGUGGAUGGAAGGAAACAACUGGUCGGAGGAAGAGGAUGCUAUUGCGUUCGAAUGCAUUAAGGGCCAACGAGAACGUGAGAAAGCACUGAAGCUUGAAGCAAUUACGGCAGAUGAAAUGUGGCGCAUGGUAUCAAAACGUCUUGCUGAUCUAGGGUUUUACCGAAAAUGUCCAAAUGUUUGCAGAUAUUGGAACACUAAGGGAAAAGAAAAGCAUAACUUUGAUGCAAGAACUCCAAGCGCCAUUGAAAAGGCCCAGGGUGAGGCUAUUUGUGUUUCUGAAGAACAACCUAAAAGGGCUGGGAAGCCUUACGGUGUGAAAUCGACAUUUCGCCAGGACAAGCCCUCAAGUUUGAUUCUUGAAAACCCAACUGAGAACUCUUCCCAGGCAAGUGCAAUUUCCGUAUUUUGGAAUGAUUUAAGGGUUGUUAACGUUACUUUUCAGCAAACUAAUCCUACUGCCGAGGCAAAUUUGAAAGGUGCACAGCCGUUAGAUCUUUCACCCCACCAGCAUGUCAUUUUAAUGGCUCAGUAUUUAAAAUACAAUCACUUAGAUAAUCCUGUGAUGAACAAACUACAAGAAGAAACUGGAUUGAGCAGGGAACAGAUCAAGGUGUUCUAUCGAACACAGAAAGCCACGGACAAGAAAGGAACAGAACCUCACAUGCAAACGGAGUUGCUAGCUGCUAAAGAAGUUUCCAUACCCAUUCUCGGUAAGCCGGAGCUUGGAGCAGCUGGAUCGAAGCGUCACCGUACCUCAGACAUUGGCUUUCAAUGUCACGAGGAGGAGGAACCGACUAAGAGAAUGCGCCACAGCUUGGGGCCGGGGGAGUUGGUCAGGAGCCAGCGUGUAGUUCCGGUUGAUUUGAAAGCUCAAGAGGAAAGUUCGGAUUAUCACCCUGCGGUAUCAGUACUGAGUGUAUCUUCUAACAACAAUCCGGCGGUAUCGACUAUCGAAGUCCAAGUACCUUCUCUCAAGCCUGAAACACAGCAGAUGGAUAUUCAAGACCACACAUCUCAGUUGAACGAUCAUUUGGAAAAAGAGCGACAAAUUCAAUUGCGGAAAAUCCUCGAAGCUGAGAUACAUCAUAAUCAGCUGGAACUCGCUAUCAGGGCUCACAGGGGAAGAGCUGCGGAGGAAAACAGGCUGCUUCAAGUCGCUAUUGACGCCCACAAAAAAAGAGCCAUUGCUGAGCUUGAAGCUGCAGAGGCGAAAGAACUGGAGCUUCAAGAACAAAAGGAAAUCAUGAAAAAUGCUAUGAAGAAAAUGUCGUUCGUUAACGCGCUUCUCGAUCCGCCAGCCUGA